CUUCAGCUCCGGUCCAGAAUAUCAAUCAGCAGCAAACUUGCUAGGACAGUGUGCAUGUUUUGUGUUAUUUAUUCCACGUUUGAUGCUGCAAAGAACAACUCACUGGAUUUAAACAUUGCCUUCACUAUUUUUGGACAGUUCAGCAAUGCUUUCUUUUAUAGUUCAGCUUCUUUUAUAUUUGUUUGUUUUACAUGAUCUGCAGUCAGUCAGGGCACAGCAGCUGCUUCAAGGAUCAUGCAGAUUUGAACAAGACACUUGUGGAUAUAAUUCAGAUCCUGAAUACUUGAAAUGGGUUCUUAAUAAAGAAGGGCGUUACAUUACUGCUGAUUCAGCCUUUGGAGGAGCAGGUCAGAAAGCUGUGCUGAUUAGUCCUGACCUGGAGCUGCUGGAGUGGAGCUGCAUCAGGCUGGUGUAUCAGAUUACUGGCUCUGGUUCUUUACAAAUGUAUGUCAGGCCAGAGGGAGAGAGCUUCGACUACCGUUUGUGGUCAGCCCAGGAUCCCUCGGACAACUGGCUCAUUGCAAGUGUAGACCUGAGAAACACAACUAACAGAUACAAGAUUAUUUUUGUGGCUUCACCUGGGCAAAAACCAGACCAAAGUGUUGCAAUCUUUGAAAUACACGUUGUCCCAGGAUACUGUGUAGAGUGUAACUUUGAAGAGCAUCAUCUAUGUGGAUAUAUGAAUUACUGGAAUCCCAAUGUAAACUGGUACGUAGGUGGAAGUACUAUCCGAGGUGGCCAGUCAAAUCUCCCUGAUGAUCACACAAUGAACAAUGAGCGAGGUCACUACAUGUAUGUGGAUCCUGUCUAUGCCAAACACUUUCAGGAGGUAGCUCAGCUCACAUCUCCAAUGACAACAACUAUGAUAUCAGGAUGUCUGUCAUUCUACUACCAGCGUGACCAAGCAAAAGGCAACGUUUUCUCAGUGUUUACCAGAGACAGAAUGGGCCAUUACGAGGAAAUCUGGAAACCUGACAUAUAUGCAAAGUUUAUCUGGAAGUUAGUAAAAGUGGAUAUAAAAGCCCCUCAUCCUUUGGCGGUUGUCUUUGAAGUUGCUUUCAACAGUGCUAAGGGAGGCUAUGUUGCGAUUGAUGACAUUUCAUUCUCCCCAGAAUUCUGCAGUACUGAGACAGAACCUUUCUUUGAUCCGUCUGUGGCAAACUGUGAUUUUGAAGAAGAUUUUUGUCGAUACUAUCAGGAGCAAACAGAAGGGUCUGUGUGGAACAGGGUUUCAGUGAAGCCUAAUGUUUACAGAGUAGGAGAUCAUACAACAGGAUCAGGUUCAUUCUUGUUGGCUAACACCAGGCUUAUAUCCAGGCCAGGCUACGUUGGGCGCCUGUAUGGUCCUUACCUGCCAGGGACACUGAAGUACUGUCUGAGAUUUUACUAUGCCCUACAUGGGUUCAUUAAAACAGACAACACGCUGGCUGUUUAUAUCUAUGAUGAGAACAAUGUGGCCCAAGAGAAGGUCUGGACAGUCUCUGAAAGUCCAACGGGCUCCUGGAUUCAGGUUGAAAUCAGUUACCAAAAACCCAUGCCCACAAAGGUUGUUUUUGUCAGCAUUUGUACACAUUUCUGGGACUGUGGAUUGGUAGCACUGGAUGAUAUCACAGUGAGUCUUGGGGACUGCCGGAUAUAUGCUGAUGGGUUUCCCUGCCCUCCCGGUGAAUGUGACUUUGAAGUGGAUAUCUGUGGCUACACACAGGAUGAGAAAGACGAUAGUAACUGGAUACGAAAAAGAGGUCAGACCCCAACAUCCUAUACCGGACCCAAAGGAGAUCAUACAACAGGGGUAGGGUACUACAUGUACAUUGAGGCUUCCCCUAUGAUCUCUGGACAUAAUGCUCGCUUACUCUCGAAUAAGCUACGAGGCUUCUUGCAUCAGCAGUGCCUGGUGUUUUACUAUAACAUGUAUGGUUCUGGGACUGGCCUGCUGAGCAUCUAUUUAAAGAAAGAAGGACAGAGAGACGAGGUGUUGCUCUGGAGACGCAGAGGAGAGCAGAGUAUCUCUUGGCUCAAAGGCUUGGUGGAGUACGAAUGUGAUAGGAACCAUCAGAUUGUCUUUGAAGGUGUCCGUGGAAACUCAAUAAGAAGUGAUAUUGCGAUAGAUGACGUUUUAUUUAAAAAAGGACCAUGUAAAGAAUUGGGAGAAACAUCAAUUAUUUACUCUGGAUUUGCUGAAAAUGUCAACGAUAUUGAUUACUGAAAACAACAUAGCCUUGGUGUGUCAUGGACCAGAGAAAAACAAUGGAUAACGUACAUCAAUACAACUCUAAUAGGAUGAACACAUGCACUGACAAUCAGUAAUUAUUUUAACUUUUAUUAUGACUGCUUAUGUUAUUCAAACCAUAUAUAUAUAUAAUCAAUAUCAGAAACAUCACUGUGGCAAGCAGAGGAAGCAGCUUAUUGCAGCUACAGGUGUUGUUGUAACCUGAGCAAUUAUUGAGAUGACAGAGUGGAGGUGUAAGGGGAAAAAUGGGUUGACAUUAAAUGACAUUUCACAUACUGUUCCACUACCUGCUUUAGUUUAUUUAUUUUAUUUUUUCAAUCAAAGCCUCGAGUUGGCAAACAAGUUACAAAAAAGCCCUCUUCCAAUAUAUACAGACGUGCUCAAAUUUGUUGGUACCCUUACAGCUCAUUGAAAUAAUGCUUCAUUCCUCCUGAAAAGUGAUGAAAUUAAAAGCUAUUUUAUCAUGUAUACUUGCAUGCCUUUGGUAUGUCAUAGAAUAAAGCAAAGAAGCUGUGAAAAGAGAUGAAUUAUUGCUUAUUCUACAAAGAUAUUCUAAAAUGGCCUGGACACAUUUGUUGGUACCCCUUAGAAAAGAUAAUAAAUAAUUGGAUUAUAGUGAUAUUUCAAACUAAUUAGUUUCUUUAAUUAGUAUCACACAUGUCUCCAAUCUUGUAAUCAGUCAUUCAGCCUAUUUAAAUGGAGAAAAGUAGUCACUGUGCUGUUUGGUAUCAUUGUGUGCACCACACUGAACAUGGACCAGAGAAAGCAAAGGAGAGAGUUGUCUGAGGAGAUCAGAAAGAAAAUAAUAGACAAGCAUGGUAAAGGUAAAGGCUACAAGACCAUCUCCAAGCAGCUUGAUGUUCCUGUGACAACAGUUGUAAAUAUUAUUAAGAAGUUUAAGGUCCAUGGAACUGUAGCCAACCUCCCUGGGCGCGGCCGCAAGAGGAAAAUCGACCCCAGAUUGAACAGAAGGAUAGUGCGAAUGGUAGAAAAAGAACCAAGGAUAACUGCCAAAGAGAUACAAGCUGAACUCCAAGGUGAAGGUACGUCAGUUUCUGAUCGCACCAUCCGUCGCUUUUUGAGCGAAAGUGGGCUCCAUGGAAGAAGACCCAGGAGGACUCCACUUUUGAUAGAAAAACAUAAAAAAGCCAGACUGGAAUUUGCUAAAAUGCAUAUUGACAAGCCACAAUCCUUCUGGGAGAAUGUCCUUUGGACAGAUGAGUCAAAACUGGAACUUUUUGGCAAGUCACAUCAGCUCUAUGUUCACAGAUGAAAAAAUGAAGCUUUCAAAGAAAAGAACACCAUACCUACAGUGAAACAUGGAGGAGGCUCGGUUAUGUUUUGGGGCUGCUUUGCUGCGCCUGACACAGGGUGCCUUGAAUCUGUGCAGGUCACAAUGAAAUCUCAAGACUAUCAAGGCAUUCUGGAGCGAAACGUACUGCCCAGUGUCAGAAAGCUCUGUCUCAGUCGCAGGUCAUGGGUCCUCCAACAGGAUAAUGACCCAAAACACACAGCUAAAAGCACCCAAGAAUGGAUAAGAACAAAACAUUGGACUAUUCUGAAGUGGCCUUCUAUGAGUCCUGAUCUGAAUCCUAUCGAACAUCUAUGGAAAGAGCUGAAACUUGCAGUCUGGAGAAGGUACCCAUCAAACCUGAGACAGCUGGAGCAGUUUGCUCAGGAAGAGUGGGCCAAACUACCUGUUAACAGGUGCAGAAGUCUCAUUGAGAGCUACAGAAAACGUUGUGCAACAAAAUAUUAGGUUAGCGGUCCCAUCAUUUUUGUCCAUGCCAUUUUCAUUUGUUUUAUUAUUUACAAUAUUAUGUUGAAUAAAAAAUCAAAAGCAAAGUCUGAUUUCUAUUAAAUAUGGAAUAAACAAUUGUGGAUGCCAAUUACUUUUGUCGGUUUCAAGUUAUUUCAGAGAAAAUUGUGCAUUCUUCGUUUUUUGUGGAGGGGUACCAACAAAUUUGAGC